UUCAACAGCAAAGCUACUAGAAAACAAAACAUUAAUUAUGUUUUAAAUUAAAAACAAAAAUAAAUAACUCCACAAAAAAUGGCCAAUUCUAACGAUAAUCAAAAUAACAGAGACAAAAAGAACUCAAAUUGUAUUGAGUUAACGAAACAAGAACAAAUGGCACCACGUUCCUUUAUCAGGGGAACAAGUGGUCAUUUACUGCAGCAGUUAAAUGAGUUUAGGAAAAAUGAACAGUUCACUGAUGUCCGACUUUUAGGCAGCGAUGGCACACGUAUUUCAGCCCAUCGUAAUAUUUUGGCCGCUGCCAGUCCAUUCUUUAUGGCCAUGUUUAGUGGCCAUUUCCCUGAAAGUGAUCAAGCGGAAAUUGAAUUACCGGAAAUUGACACCCACUGUUUGCAAUUGGUUGUGGAAUUUAUUUAUACGGGAUUGUGUGAAAUCCACGAUGAGUAUGUGCAGCAAUUAUUGCAAACUGCUUCAUUUUUGCAAUUGGAUCAUUUGUCGGAUAUGUGUGGCGAACAUAUGGGUGAAUUGUUGGAUCCUGAGAACUGUUUGGGUUUUAAACAUUUCGCCGAGAAGCAGAAUAAUCAAUUUUUGCUCGAGAUGUCGAAGGAUUUUAUUAUAAUGCAUUUUCAGGAGGUGGUUCAGUGUGAAGAGUUUUAUGAAAUGUCGUAUGAGGAGUUGGUUCCCAUCCUCAGCAACAAUGAGCUAUUCAUGCAUUCCGAUGACACCAUACUCAAAGGCAUUGUACGCUGGGCCGAAUAUAAACCCGAGACACGUUUGGCAUAUCUGCCACAACUUCUGCGCUUCAUACAUCCCAUGUGUGUGACGGCUGAGAUGACGCGCUCUCUUAAAACUUUAACUGAACAAGCCGAUUGCCAACAGUGGCUAAGUGAGGUGGAACAUUACGAGGGCAGUGCUGAGUGGCGCAUAUUUCUGGUAGACAAAAUGGGACGCAGUCCCGAAACAUUUCGUUAUGAUUUACAUACGGAAACAAUGUUGCCCCUAAAACCGCCACCAAGAGCUGCUUUCGCCAUAAGUUUGGCAGCCCAUAAGAAUAUUCUAUAUAUGCAGGGUGGCAGCAUAGGACGUAGUACUAAAAAUUCUUAUUAUUAUAAUAUUUACCGAGAUCAAUGGUAUGAUUUGACACCCCUACUAAUGAGACGUUCUCAUCAUCGUUCGCUGGUUUCAAAUGAUUGUCUAUAUGCCAUAGGAGGCAACUCAUCGAGUGGUAUCACCAAUACAGUGGAAUAUUUAAAUUUGGUCACGAAUAAAACCGAAUUCUGCAGACCCAUGUUGGUGCAACGCAGUUCUAUGGGGGCGGUAAUGCAUGACAAUAUGUUCUAUGUAAUGGGUGGUGAGGAAGAGGUCAGAAGUUGGAAUUGUGUAGAACGUUAUGAUCCGCGCAUUAACGAAUGGCACACUCUGAGACCUAUGAAUGAUAUUAAAGGUUAUUGCUCGAGUGCUGUUAUAGGUUCGUCUAUAUAUUGUUGUGAAGGUCUGGGCAUGUGUAUGGAACGUUAUGAUAUACGUGCCAAUAAAUGGGAAAUCAUAGAUUUUGGUGAAGAACGUGAAUUCUACGAGAUAUUUUCGGUGGACAAUCAGCUGUAUUGCACAUGUGGUGAAUUUAUCGCCCGCUAUGAUAUGGAGGAAAAUAGAUGGAUUGUCGUGCAUCGUUUUCCCUUUACUCGCGAUUGGGAUUAUGCCGUGGCCAUGCCUAUGGUUAAUUAUGAUAUAUAGAGUGCUAAAACCGAGAGAGGCCAAAACGAUUUUUAACAAAAUUUUAAAUAGUUUUAUUUUUAUUUCUAAAUAAUAGAAGUUUUUCUUUUUAAACUAAAAAUUAUAAAGG